AAGUGCGGUAGACAUGACAAGAGGACGCAGGGGUAUUUGAGUCAUUAUGACACGUAUUAAAUUUACGGCGAAAAGGAGAGGAGAGGUAUAAUUCUCUGAUCAACCAGGUUUUAGGGUUCCUAAAACCGCCGCAACAAAACAGCGAGAAGACACAUCGCCAUUUUUUCCGGCGAUGAAUUCGAGAGCGCCGAUGACGCCGCCAGUGAACAGAGGCGGUACAUCGAACAUAUUCUACAAGACGAGAAUGUGUGCGAGGUUCAGAGUUGGUGCAUGUAGAAACGGAGAAACCUGCAACUUCGCUCAUGGAAUCGAGGAUCUGAGACAACCUCCGUCGAAUUGGCAAGAGCUUGUGGGAGCGACAACCAGCGAAGAGCGUGAGCGCGAACGAGAACGAGAGCGAGAACGAGAACGACCUACUUCGUCUGUUGUUGUCCGGAACAUGAGCAAUUGGGAUGAGGACCAGAAGAUCAUCCAGAGAAUGAAGCUCUGUAGGAAGUUUUGCUGUGGAGAAGAGUGCCCAUAUGGAGAUAGAUGCAAUUUUCUUCAUGAGGAUUUGGCCAAGUACAGGGAGGAUACUUCCAAGUUGAGGGAGAGUUCUGCUAUAAGCAUAAGCAUUGGUAAUGGUGGUUCUGAUCCAUUAGCGGGUAAUGUGAGUUCUUCAUCUAGUCAAAUUGAAGCUAAUAGGCAUGUAGGACCAAUGCCGCUACCCGUCCCACCCGUUCCCUUGUGCAAUCCGAACCCGAUUUUGAAUUCGAAUUUGAAUUCGAAUUGCAAGACUGUGUAUUGGAAGACGAGGUUGUGUAUGAAGUUUGAGAUCACGGGUCAAUGUCCUUUUGGUGAUAAAUGUCACUUUGCUCAUGGUCAAGCAGAGCUCAAUAGCGCGCUCGGAAGGGUCGAAGCCGAAGCCAUGAAUGUGGUAACAUUUGCUGGUAAUGAUGCUUCGGCAAUGAAAGCAGCAACUGUGCAAGUAACAUCGGCUUCUUCCAGCCCGAACGAAGAACCGGAGCGGAAGAAGUGUUUGUUCAAGUGGAAUGACCCGAAGAAAAUUAACAGAAUCUACGCUGAUUGGAUCGAUGAUCUACCUGUGGGUCAAACUGCGGCGAAACAGGUCGAGAGCUGAGCACUUCAUAAACACACACGCACACACUGAUUCAUCGUUUUCUCGAGUUCUUAUUCGUGUUCUUCUAUCGGUUUUCUUCUAUUCUAUAGUUGAUAUGAAAGUCUCUCUUAGAGUGCACAACGAAUUUUGAUGAUCUAUAUAUAGGUCAUAUAGCCUGAUCUAAAAUUUGAACAUUACCACAGUUUGUGAUCUUGUAUUCGAUUAAAUGAAGAGCAUCAAUUCUUUGAUUCCU